CGCACAAUCAGCAUUAUCUAAUAAUUGUUAGCACUUUGGUAUUCUAUUCUAUGCGGGUGAGGUCCUUGUUGAAGACCUGGGAUUUAAGCCAGAUUUGGCCCAAUAGCACUUUGGUAAUUUUUCCCAAUAUUUUUACUUCUAUGUUGCAGAAGGUAUAAACAAAUCAAGGGCAAAUAGUGAUUUAUAAGAGUUACAGUUCUAAUACCGUAUUGGGUAAAAUCACUGUACUAAAUUUUUUCCUAGAAAAUGGUCUGCAAUAAAAUGGAUACGUAUGCCAAAUAUAUGUUUUGUUUGUUUUUACUACUUUCUCAUAUGUACUAGUAAUAAUUUUGGUAUAGAUUUAUUUUCGUAAUCUUUUAUUGCACAAAGUUCCAUGUUAUACAAAUUAUUAGGUAAUUUCAUUCUUAAAUUUAAAUAUACUUAUUCGCCUUUUAUUACAAUUCAUACUAUAUGUCCAGCAAUUUUUUUUUUUUUUUCGAAGAACUUAUCUCCUGGCAUAAAAAUGAAAAAUGACUUUAAUAAAAACAAUGUAUUUUCUGCCAUUUGGUUAGACAGGGUUAGGUUUUUGAUUUGCCGAAAGAUUAGUUUUCGAACAAUAUUGAAUUAUAUGCGAUAUAGUUUAAUAGUAACAUCAGAAAAAUAUAUAUUUUAAUGUUCUUUUAUGCGAUUGCGACCUUAUUUAACCAUUUUCUCCAAUAUUAGACGUUAGAGUUUAAAUCAAUGUAGGAAUGAAUUAUCACCCUACUGCAUAUAAAAAGAUGCAACCUGGACAUUCAAUUAUUCAGAAAAUCUACAGUUUAAGUCCAAACACAGCGUCAUGUAGCAGACGUGCCUGCUUUGUUGGAAUCUGUGUCUGUUUAAUUUUUUAUUACCUGGCCCCGUAUUUCUUUAGACAAGUAUUCAGUGGGUUUUCAUACAAGAGUGCGGUACAUUUAUGCACAACAAGACAUUUGGCGCCGCAUUAUUUGUCAGCGAUUGAGUUCGACGCGAGUAUUAACCAUCUUCCUAUCAACGAGAAAGAUGGGGAAGUUCCACAACUUCCAUUUGUUGGGAAUGGAAAGCUGGCGUCACUCGUAAAAUACGAGCAAGAAGAUUCCGGGUUAUAUCUUUUCUAUGACACGUUGUUUACUAACGAAAAUAAGAAAGAAGAGAAAGAACAUAAAUUAUUAAGAUUGCCAUAUGAUCCAUUAUUACGACCAGAACAUGUAACUGGGUCCCACCAUAAAGAAGAAGUAUCUGUGGUAAACUUCAGGAAUGGAAUCGUUGAACAUCUAUCAUGCUAUUCAUCCUCACAUGGACCCCUGUUUCUCAACCACACAGUUAUUGCCCACAGAUCUCGUCCUAACGUAUUACUACAGCGCUUGGAAGGUAGAAUAGACGGAAAAAGUGGAUCUGAAGACGUUUACAUCCAUCAGCAAACCAUCAACCAUAAUUCUGUGUUUAAACUACUUGCUACAAACAAAGCUCAUAAUAAACAAUACAAAAUAUAUGGUGGUACUGUUGAAGUUGGACAUCUAGGCAAAAUGGCAGUUGUAUUCUCUAUCACUGACACCCCGGAUACCUUACGUGCCACAACGGAUGUUACAACUCUUGACUCUAUAACUGUUGUCAUGCAUUCAACUCCAACUAAAGAACCCAGCCCUGAUGUGAUGUCUAAUUUGGUUAAAAAAUUGACACCAUAUACUGAAGAAAUACUUGGAAUAUCAACAGAACAGCUACUUGUGGAACAUAAAGAAGCAUGGGCCGAUAUAUUACAUACAGGUCUCACUAUAUCCACAGCUACAGAUCUUGACCCACUGAUACCAGAGCCAAGAAUUAUCAACGCUACUCUCUAUUAUGUAUUGUCAACUAUGGAUUCAAAGUUGCACGAUAAAGAUAUUCCACAAGAUGAGAGAAGGGAUUUAAUGAAAAGAUUGCAGACACCAGAUUAUUGUUACAACGGCAACCCAACUGUUCAUGCUGACAGGUUAUGGCGAAACUUAAAAAAUGUUGAAGACGUUGAGAAUUUGGCCAAACAUUGGACGUUAACAUUGGGGAAACAUGGAUGCAAACAUCUUAUUAGUGAGGGUGCAGAAGGCGUCCUACAAGCAAUGGUUAUAAGCUUUGGUGGGCUUCAGUUCACUGACUUUGACUUACAGCUUCGCAUAGACCCUGAUAUCAUGCAUAAUGAAAUCACUUUCAAAAGUCUCCUCUAUAAAAAUAAUUCGAUAAACGUCGCGAUUCGAGCGGCAGAAGAUUUGUCAACCCCAGUUAUUGAAGUCUCAAUGAGAGACCAUUCGAAACUCCCAUUAUACGCAUGCGAGGGUGGAUGUUUAAAUCUAAUUCAACAACUCCAUCAACAAAGCAGAAGAUUCCCCAUCUUUGUAACUGAACCAAGCACACCAAUAUUAUACAUCUCUCAUGACAAGAAGCACCUUGCAGACAUGAAGCAUACGCUGCAUUUGAAAUCAAUUGUUAAUUAUAAUGAACACAUGUCAAUAAAGAGAAAGGGAACUGGUCUACCUCUGGUGUUCUGGCUUGGUAUUGGAUCACUGAUCAUAUUUUUCCACAUGUUUCUAAUAAGAUUAAUAUGCAAGGAGUAUUACAACCCCACAGUACUACCAACCACCAAUAAGACUUAUUAUUCAAACCGAGGCAGGCUUGCAUCAUAGUUGCAACUCCAUUUAACCACUGUGUGUCCAGAUUUUACCAUAGUUAAAAUAGAACACUGUACAACGGGCCGAUACCACUGAAAAUGAAAAGACUUUUAUAAAGUGUAGCGUAAGCCAGGGUGGGCAAAUUUUGAAACAAAUCAGAUUUUGUUCAUACCUUAAUGUGCAGGCCAUACAAGCCCAAUGCUAUAUAAAUCUGUAACAAAAGUAUGAAUUUGGGUACUGAAACAGCUCUUUCGUCAACUUAGUACGGUACCAAUGUGCAAUGUCCAAUAUCAUACAGUUUGAUAAAAACGACUAUGAAAACCAUAGAACGUCAAAACGAAGAGCUGUUAUAGAACUACAAUAUACCAGACAGAAACAGUUUCUACAAUGGGUUGAUUGCAAUAAUUUCCAACAAAACAUUGUGGGUUCAAAUAUUAUGCCAUAGUUUGCCCAUCCCUUGGUAUAGAUUAUGAAGCAAUAUUGUUACUUGCCCAAUUUUACUAUGUGUUCCUUGCAUAGGCACCAAACCUGGGGUGGCAGGGUAAAAAAGGUUUCAGCUCUGCAGGAUAAAAAAAACUUGUAUUUUCUACCCUGCAAUAUUAGGCAAAGUUUUGAACUAUCCCUGCCUCCCCUGCAUUUUUAAAAGUUUGGUGCCUAUGGUUUCUUAUGUACUACACACACAACACUCAAUUUGGGGUUUUUCGAUAAAACACCAGAAUGUGCAGUUUGUUAAAGUGAAUGAAAAUAAUAAUAUGAAGUUUUUGUAAUCUAUCCAAAACAAAAUGUUGCCAAAAAUGAGCGCUAAUGAAAACCUGGGUAAAAUUGAGUUUGUGUUGUAAAAAAUGUAUACAGAUAAGUAAUGUUUUAGUAUGAAGCUUGUUUUAAACAUUGUGGUUAUUUUUGAAGCGCAAAAAAUACUUUUUCGUUUAAAAAAUUUGAAGUUUGGUUAUAUGUUUUGCACGUAUGGGUUGUUUAUGUUUAAAAGUUAUAUUUGUGCAAUCCAAUUCUAUGGUGUAUUUGUGUAUGUAGGACUACAUAGUACUUUGACUCUGCAUAAAAGAACUAAGUAUAUUUAUUAUAAUGUGUGGGUGUAUAAGGCAUACAUUUUAGCUCCUUUUGUGCCCUGUCACAUUAAAAUAGUAUAUAUAGAUUUUCAUUGCAUAACAAACCAAAAAAAAUUAAAACAACAGUUUUAUAGACAUUUUAUACUGUUUUUUUUUGCAGAGACCAGUUCUAUAUAAAAUUAUUGUUAAUGGUUCAUUAAUAUGAAGCUUUCGGUGUACCGGUGUCAUUUAAUUCCAUUUUCCAGUAGUAAUUUAGAAGCGUUUUAAUAUUUUUUUUGGUGUCAUUUCAUGCAGUUUUGGGAUCAUUUUUACGCUUUGUAUUUUGUGCCUUUGAACACGAGUUGGUACUAUCACAACACAGAACUUUCACUAUAAAUAUAUUUAUUUGCAAAACCUAAAA